CCGCGCUGCCGCGGCCUGGGAUCCGAGCCGGGCGGGCAGGUGACCGGGACCGGACGGGGCGGGAGCGGCCGGGCCCCGGGUGUCUGCGGCCGCCGGACGCGCCGGGGCCGGGCAGCGGGGAAGCGGGGCGCUGACGGCUGACAGGGGAGCUGCUCCCCCAGAGAAGCAUGGAUGCCCCCCGAAGGGACAUGGAGUUGCUCAGCAACAGCCUGGCGGCCUACGCACACAUCCGCGCUAACCCCGAGAGCUUCGGCCUCUACUUCGUGCUGGGUGUCUGCUUUGGCCUGCUGCUCACCCUGUGCCUACUAGUCAUCAGCAUCUCCUGUGCACCCCGCCCGCGGCCCCGAGGGCCCACUCCGCGCCGGGACCCCCGCAGCAGCACCCUGGAGGCCGAGGACGACGACGACGACGACGAUGAGGAUACGGUGACUCGGCCGGGCCCCGAGGUGUCCGCGGAGCCCGACGGGCCCCUGAGCGUCAACGUCUUCACUUCGGCGGAGGAGCUGGAGCGGGCGCAGCGGCUAGAGGAGCGGGAACGGAUCCUGCGGGAGAUCUGGCGCACUGGACAGCCAGACCUGCUGGGCACCGGCACGCUGGGGCCCAGCCCCACGGGCACGGGCACCCUGGGCCGCAUGCACUAUUACUGACCGGCCCCCAGAGCGUACUGGAUAUGCACAGGGGCUUCGAGCUGCCCCAGGACCUUUGGACUGCCCCUGCCCACGGUGCUAUGGAGGCCCCGCCCCCACGGCUCCCCUGGUGCUGUUGGGCCUGGAUUCCCGUCCCCUGGGAGACACCCUUCCCCCGUCCAGCCAGAAGGCCCUGGGGGUAGGGCAGGACGCAGGGUCCCCAUCCCCUCUCUGGGGGACGGUUAAGAGGUGACGUGACCAAUGAAAGCUGCAUUCUCAGUGA